AGAGUUUUCAGACACUCCCUGUCUUGAUCCGUCCCGUCAUACAUCGCGUGGCCAACGGCUCUCCACCACCGACUCACCGCUCAUUGAAUUACAGCGCUCAUCUUUUAUCGGCUCGGUUUGGGGAACAGGAAAAAAAAAAUCAACGCGAAUUCCUGAACUCUAUCUCCGGACAGCGGUGUAUUUUUAAUCGCGGCAGUGGAGCACGCUGUCCGGGGGUUCGCUGGCUUGGAUCAGGUCGGGAAAGUGAGGGGAAGAAGUACGGAGCUGGUCCCGAGCGAUGAUGGAGCUGGAGUCGGCCAGUAACCGAGGCGACCCGGGAGCUGCGGGGGAUUCGCUGCAGCCGCAGACCCCGAGCAGGCACGAAAAGAGCCUGGGACUGCUCACGACCAAGUUUGUGACCUUACUGCAGGAGGCGAAGGACGGGGUCCUGGACCUGAAAGCCGCCGCAGACUCCCUGGCAGUGCGACAGAAACGGCGUAUUUACGACAUCACUAAUGUCCUGGAAGGAAUCGGUCUCAUUGAGAAGAAGUCUAAAAACAGCAUCCAGUGGAAGGGUGUAGGUCCAGGCUGCAACACCAGGGAGAUCGCUGAUAAGCUGAUCGACCUGAAGGCCGAGCUCGAUGACUUGGCCAUCCGGGAGCACGAGCUGGACCAGCAGAGAGUCUGGGUCCAGCAAAGCAUCAAGAACGUCACCGACGACUCCAACAACAGCCCAAUGGCGUAUGUAAAACAUGAAGACCUGUGUGGGGCUUUUAAAGGUGACACUCUCUUAGCAAUCCGUGCUCCAAUAGGAACACAGCUAGAGGUGCCCGUACCAGAAGCUGCUCUGAACGGGCAGAGGAAAUACCAGAUCUGCCUCAAGAGUACUUCUGGUCCCAUCGAGGUUUUAUUGGUCAACAAGGACCCUUCCAGUGCCUGUCCCGUUGUGUUGCCCGUCCCGCCUCCAGACGACGUCCUUCAGAGGCUACCAGCACCUACCUCUCAGCUGCCCACGUCUGCCUCACAGGUCUCCAAAGCUCCAGCCACUGCUGCAAAACUAACUCCUGCCACACCAGCUUCUGCAGCCAACCAGACAACAACAGAGGUGACGAGCACCACUCCACUCAGUCCUACAACAGAAACAGCAGCUGCUGCUCCUCUGCAGCUCCAGUCGUCUGCCUCGUUGGACGGAUCCGCUGCUUCCUCCGCCUCUGCAGCGUUUCAACCAAUAAAGUCAGAUCCUUCUGAACUAUUAGACUUUCCCAAAGAGCUUUCUGAAAUGUUUGAUCCAACAAAAGAAAUCAUGAGUGGGGAUCUUUUAGAGGACUUGAUGUCAUCAGAAGUGUUCUCGCCUCUUCUUCGCCUGUCCCCACCGCCCAGCGACCACGACUACAUUUACAACCUGGACGAGACCGAAGGCCUCUGCGACCUCUUCGACGUGCCCAUUCUCAACCU